GCGUGUUUCUGGCGUCACGAGAUCCGUAUCUACUUUCUAUUCUAUAUGUUACACGAAUCGGAUCGAUCUAUUUCGGUCGUCUUUCGUGCUAGAUGUCUUGCUAGGUCGUGCAUUCGGAUUUCUCAACCUCCUUUGUCUUCCUCAGAUUGUCCCUUGCGUAUGCGUAUUCUUAAUUUAUGGUAGAGGGGAACAUGAUGCAAGGUGUUUGGCCUGUUAUGUUUUUCCAAUUACAAAAGCCGUAUGCUUGGAAGGGAACAAUUUGGAGAUCGUAAUCGUAGUUGGUGAUCUAAUUUAGUGCUAAUAACAUAAUUUUCUUCUCAACGGUACUAUAGUAAACGAAUGCUUAUUGUCAUGUAUCCAUUUCUUUGAUUGUUGCUUGUAAAUAAGAAUUGCCACUGUCAUACAUAACUCGGUGAAGGACAAAGAAGUAUCUCUUUGAGAAAAUGCAAUAAAAUCCUUGACACUAAGUAUUUAAGUUUACGUGAUAAGAGAUGAGCGUCACAGUGCCUGAGGUUCAUUUGGUCAACAGGGGAUCAAUGGAUGGUCAAUUGUGCACUGUUGCAACAAAAGAGGUUGUUCCAAAUACCAAUGACUCAAAAUCUACACUAGGCUAUACAUUGGCAUGUUAUCUGCCUUUAUUUUUGUGUGUCAUAUGAGGUUCUUUGUUUGCCUCUAAAGUUAACAUUAUAGCUCGUAAGAAGAAGAUCAACAGACAUGUUCUCAUUAUUUUAUGGACUCUGGAAUUAUAUGUUCAGCAAGACUGAAUUCCGGGUUCUGAUUCUUGGAGUCGACAAGGCUGGGAAAACUACUUUACUGGAGAAGUUGAAAUCAUCGUACUCAAACACAGAAGGGCUCCCUCCUGAUAGAAUAGUUCCAACAGUUGGGCUGAAUAUUGGUCGAGUUGAGGCUUCAAAUGCAAAGCUUGUUUUUUGGGAUCUUGGAGGUCAGAUUGGUUUACGCACAAUCUGGGAGAAAUACUAUGAGGAGGCACAUGCUAUAAUGUAUGUUAUUGAUGCUGCUUGUCCAUCAUCAUUUGAAGAUUCCAAAUCAGCAUUAGAAAAAGUACUUAGGCAUGAAGAUUUACGAGGCGCACCACUUCUGAUACUAGCAAACAAGCAGGACCUGUCUGGAGCAGUCUCAACUGAGGAAAUAGCAAGAUAUUUGGAUCUGAAAGAGUUAAAUGAAAAACUAUGUAUGUUUGAAGCUGUAUCUGCAUUCAAUGGAAUGGGAAUUAAAUCUGCUAUCAACUGGUUAGUGGACGUGAUGGAAAGAAGCAAGCGCACAGAUAUGCUUAGAGUUCGUGCGGGCAUAAAUGGGUAGCAAUUUCUAACCAUGUUGUCUUAUGAUCAUUGCAUUCUGUUUCUCCUUACGGCAUCAUGAGGUUGUGAGUCUGAUCACUUGUUCUAACCAUAUAGCAUGGCAUUUGUAAAUCUGUUAGACAUUUGUAUGUCAUUGCUAUAUGUGGAAAUAUUCUAUCCAGAAUAGCCAAUAAAUUAAGGGAAAUACAUAGAAAUACAUUUGGUCUAUAGGAAUACAAACAGAAUUGUUCUCUAGUUCUUUUCUUUCAUGUUGCUAAUAAUUCUACCAUGUAGUUUGAGGGGGCCCUUAAGAUAUUAUUCUUUUUGCCAAA